CCACUGAACAAUAACAAAUAAUUUUUAAUUUUUUUUUUAAAUAUUUACCAUUUUAAAACAAAAUAAUUUAAGGACAACAGUACUUCUAAAGAUAAACGAAAAGUUUACUUACCAUUUAGAUUAAAAAUACCUUAAUUGUGUGAAAUAAAUCAGUAGUGAAUGUAAAAAAAAACCACUGCAGUAAGACUCAACCUAACAACUUGACACAAACCUGACAUUAACAUUACAAACAAAUACAAAAAUAGACCAUAUUUGAUCAAUAUCAUGCGGAUAUUUUGCCGAGGAUUUAAUUUAUACAAUCAACUUGAUUUACCAGACAAAUGUGUUGAAAAUUUUACCUCUAGUUUCAAAGAUAUACCCCCUGAAAGACUUCAUAUAAAUCACACUUAUUCUGUUACUUAUGCCAAAGAAAAACUAAUGGUUUAUUGUAAUAUUGCUAGUAAACAACCAAUUGUAAUUGAAAAUUUGCCAAAAAUUAAACAAAUCACUUCAAAUGAAAGGUUUAUAUUAGUUCUAACUGAGUGCCAUCAACUCUUUAAAAUCUCUAUUGACGAUUGGAAGCCACUGCUACUUUCUAACUUCUUUGAUACCGAGGAGUGUAUUAAAAUGAUAAGCAGUAAUUCGAAAAUAAGUGUGGCAUACACAGAUAAAGGUUGUAUAUAUAAUAUCCCAGAAAAACUAGAUUUUUUGAAUGAAGAUAUUGUUGAUAUACAGACUGGACGAGAACACUGCAUAUUAUUGGAUAAGAGCGGUAAUAUAUAUGCAUUUGGUUCAGGAAGUCGAGGUCAAUUAGGCACAGGAGACUUAAAUGAGCAAGAAACUCCUAUUCUUGUACAUGCUUUAGCAGGAAUUAAAAUAAUAAAAAUUGCUGCAGGUGGUUGGCAUUCGGCAGCAAUAAGUGCAGAUGGUGAUCUAUACACUUGGGGGUGGAAUGGUAAUGGGCAAUUAGGCCUCUUUUCUGAAGGUGAUAAUGGAGUCUCUGUAAUGGCGACACCACAUGUAGUUGAUAUACAUGGUUGUUUAGACAAGAGGGUGGUUCAAGUGGCAUGUGGGAGUAAACAUACUGUUGUCCUGUUAGAUAAUAACUUUUUAUAUGGAUGUGGCUGGAAUAAAUACAAGCAACUAAAAAGUGAUGAAAAAGAUGAAUAUUAUAGUUUUGAAUUCAUUGCUGAUUAUGGAGAGGAUGGUGUUGAAAAAGUAAUUUGUGGUCCUUGGAACACUGCUGUAAUGUGCGGACCGCCCAAAUAAAUUUACAAAAAAAAACACCAAGACUAUCUAAGAAUAAUUUAUUUAAAUGUUCACAUCCAAAAUAUAUCAUCCAACAGCGGGUGUUUAUAACCCAGUUUCAUUUUCCAAAAGAAAAAAACAAAAAAUACACCUCUUUGAGUGGUAGUGUAUCACAGGACUAACAUCUCAAUCAAUAACAAUUUAUUACUUAGUUUGUAUAACAGAUAAUAUAUAAAUGAAAAAAAAAGUGGAUAAAACAAAGUUGUAGACCGCAAAUAAUUCAAUAAAUUCGUUUACAAUAAUA